GUAGUUUAGGUAGGUUAGGUGGGUUAGGUGUGUUAGGUGGAUUCGGUGGAUUCGGUGGUUUAGGUGGGUUAGGUGGGAUAGGUAGGUUAGAUAGAUUGGGUGCGUUAGGUGGAUUCGGUGGGUUAGGUGUGUUAGGUGGAUUCGGUGGAUUCGGUGGUUUAGGUGGGUUAGGUGGGUUAGGUGGGUUAGGUAGGUUAGAUAGAUUGGGUGCGUUAGGUGGAUUCGGUGGUUUAGGUGGUUUAGGUGGGUUAGGUGGAUUCAGUGGGUUAGGUGGGUUAGGUGGGUUAGGUAGAUUGGGUGCAUUAGGUGGAUUCAGUGGUUUAGGUGGUUUACGUGGGUUAGGUGUGUUACGUAGGUUAAGUAGGUUAGAUAGAUUGGGUGCGUUAGGUGGAUUCAGUGGUUUAGGUGGUUUACGUGGGUUAGGUGUGUUACGUAGGUUAAGUAGGUUAGAUAGAUUGGGUGCGUUAGGUGGAUUCAGUGGUUUAGGUGGUUUACGUGGGUUAGGUGUGUUACGUAGGUUAAGUAGGUUAGAUAGAUUGGAUGCGUUAAGUGGAUUCGGUGGUUUACGUGGUUUACGUGGGUUAGGUGUGUUACGUAGGUUAAGUAGGUUAGAUAGAUUGGGUGCGUUAGGUGGAUUCAGUGGUUUAGGUGGUUUACGUGGGUUAGGUGUGUUACGUAGGUUAGGUAGGUUAGAUAGAUUGGAUGCGUUAAGUGGAUUCGGUGGUUUACGUGGUUUACGUGGGUUAGGUGUGUUACGUAGGUUAAGUAGGUUAGAUAGAUUGGGUGCGUUAGGUGGAUCCGGUGGUUUAGGUGGGUUAAGUGUGUUAGGUAAGUUAGGUAAGUUAAGUAGGUUAGAUAGAUUGGGAGCGUUAGCUGGAUUCGGUGGUUUAGUGGAUUAA